GCCACUUAAAAUACCGGAAGUAAAGGCAACGUCUAAACACAGGUGACGGAAACUAUCGGCGAAGUUUGUGAAGUGAAGAGAUUCCGCUGGAUUUGACCCUCGAUAGAAACAGAAACAAUUGGUGCUUUUUUGACCCACGGGUUAAUUGAACUUUUGCUUGGAGCGCGUUGAAAGCAAGUCGGUAAAACAACACAUUGCUUUCUAACUCGACGCGGACUCUGAUCUGGAGGAAGCCUUUUCGGUAAACGAGUUCACACCCGCAAGGAAAGGCUGAACCCUUGUACCCAGACAGCUGUUACGCUAAAGGCCGCAGACCCCGUCCCCGAUCCUGCCAGUCCUCACGUGUCCAGCUGAUGGGAUGCUCGUCUCCAGCGCAGCAUCCAGGACGAGUUUGAAUGGUGCCUUGGUCCAGCUCCUCUGCUUCUUGUCUGUAACGCCGCACUCUACUCAGUCCGCUUCAGCUCUUCUGUGACUCCACAUCCACCAGAUACCUCAACAUGGCCAACACCUCUGGGAAAUGCUACUGCAAUGAAACCAUCAAAUUUUUCUACGAAGCAAGUGGCAAAAAGAUCAAUGACAACUGGGAAACCCGAGAUUAUGUGAUCGUAGCUCUGGGCAUGAUGGUCUGCUUCAUUGUCAUCUUUUCCAACCUUUUGGUCAUAGGGGCCAUUUUAAAAAACCGACGCUUUCACUUUCCCAUCUACUACUUGCUGGGCAAUCUGGGUUUGGCAGACCUCUUCGCAGGCGUCGCCUACCUCCACCUGAUGUUUCAUACUGGUCCCUGGACAAUUAAGCUGUCUAAGGAGCAGUGGUAUGUGCGGCAGGGGCUGAUCGACACCAGCCUGACAGCCUCAGUCCUCAACCUCCUGGCUAUUGCUGUUGAGCGUCACCAAACCAUCUUCAAAAUGCAGCUGCACAGCAAGAUGAGCACCCGGCGUGUUUUCAUCAUCAUGCUGUUCAUCUGGGUGGUGGCAAUCUUCAUGGGCCUGAUUCCCACCAUGGGCUGGAAUUGCCUGUGUAACCUGAAGAACUGCUCCACCAUGGCGCCGCUGUACAGCCGCAGCUACCUGGUGUUCUGGGCUGUUCUCAACCUGGUGACCUUCUCCCUCAUGGUCGCAGUCUACACCCGGAUCUUUGUCUACGUGAGGCACAAGAGCAAGCAGAUGUCACAGCACACCAGCCAGAUCAGACACAGAGAGACGGUGUUGAACCUGAUGAAGACCGUCUCCAUGAUCCUGGGUUGGGACACUGACAUGAGGAGGACCUUCAAGGAGAUCCUGUGCUACCCGUGCCAGCAAGGCAAAACCGACAGGGGCAACUCUGGAAUGCAGUUUAACACCCUGGAGCGCGAGGUACUGUCCGAAAGCAAUGGAGGUGACGACCGCAGUCACAAACAAAACAGCCACUCGCACUAAGGACUGUUGACAACAAA